AUGCGGAUCGUCAGUCAGGCGCCGCUGCAGGGGGCCGACAGGUCAGCAGGCAGCGGCGCAGGAGGGUCCAAGCGCAGGCUGGCGCCCACGCCAGUGGCGCAGGUGGCUCGGGACCAGAACUUUGCCGCCCAGCAGCAGGCGGCCACCGAGAAAAAGAAAGGCCCGCCCCGCAAGCUCGCACCGACACCGGUGACGGCGCAUGCGCCCGAAAAGAGCUUCAGCAGUGCCGUGUCCUUUGCCUCUGACGCGAGCCAGCCACAGCAGAAAAGAAAUGCAGAGAACGGAUUCCCAGCGGCCUCUGCCGCUGGAUCAGGCAGCCUGCAGACGCCUGCAAAGGCGUCGUAUGCUAGCGCCAUGUCUUCCCCGACUAGCCUCGCCGGCCAGCAGGCAACAAAGCGGCAUGGCCCAGCCACGCCGAGUGGCUCAUCCAUGCAGCGCAGCACAGGAGGGCAGGCCAAGCAGCACACGCCAAACGGUGAACAACAAAGUGCAUGGAGCACCCCGCCAGAGGGGGGGAAAUCUGGCACGGAAGAGGAUGCCCUUUCCAGGCGCAUGGCUGGCUUGGGACUGUCAUCCCCAGCGCUCAGCAAGUCCCGGCAGAACUCAGCAUCGCCGUGGGGGCAGCAAAACCCGUUCGUAAGCUACUCGGAGGGCUUCUCAGAGCAGGCGACGCAUGGCUCUGCGCGCCCUGCUGGCAGCAGCAGCAACGUAGGAACCAACUUUUCAGGCCGCGCAGAGCAGCUCGGGGCACCGGUGUCAGCGCAGAGCUGCGUGGGCAGUAACGAUUUGCUCAUGAGCCGCUCCCACGUGGCGCCUGCCACUCCCGGCUCAGCAGCAAGCGUCACGAGCAGGCUCGCAAGAACGGACGGUGCAGCGUUUCAUGCGCAUGGUCAGCUUGAUAGCCCCGCCGCGCGGUGCAGCGGCAGCUCGCUUACAUUUGCGGGAACGCCCCAGGAGCCCGGCUUGCCUGCUGCUACCAAUCAGCCUGCUGAAGACCUGCUCAAGGGGGCUUUAAGAAAUGGUGAUGUCAGCGCCGCGCGCGAUGACGGUGGCGUCACUGCUACUGACAUCAACGAAGGGCCUGCCGCGCUGGCGCCGCACGCUCGUCGCACGGCGGCGAUUCAUGCCGUGCUGCUGAGCAGUGCAGGCACAUGCUCGCUGGGCGCUGAGCUGGAGGUCCUGAUGCAUCUGCUAGCGGUGCCGGCUGAGGUUCAAGUACAUGCGAAGCCUGAGGAGCCGCACCCUUUGUUCUCGUCAGGCGCUGUGGCGGCCAGCUACGCCUGCGCCGUCCUCCAAGAUGCCGGUCAUGCGGUGGAGGGCCUGAGCGUGCCUGUCUUGGACGCGCUUGUGGGCAGCCGCCAGGUGGCGCAGCAAGCGCCAGAUCUGGCGUCCCGGCUGCGAGCAGUUUUGGACCGCAGACGACAAGGAGACGGCGGCGCGAGCCGCGCCUACGAGCAGGGCAUCGCUGGCAGCGCAUUCGAGCUGCACGCCUUCACCAGUGACGGGCUGCAGAAGCGCAGCAAGGAGGAGCAGCAGAGGGUGACGAACCAGGAGGCGGUGAGGGAUGAGUGGUUCUGCCUGCUCAAAGCAGCGCUGGCCAGCGCCAGCCCGUUGGGGCGGCCGCAGGAGCAGUCCGGCAUGCAGAGCCGCAGCGGGCAUGCCCUCAUGGACAAAGGCGCGCCACACAAUGGCCUCUCACAGUCUACUAACAAGCAUAGUGCCACCGAGUGCGCAGACAGCGAGGCUGCAGUGCUGGGGGUAUUGGUGGAGGGAGCGGGGCGGCUGCUGCGCGGCGUUGCCUCCGGCAAUCUGCGCGCGUUUGCGCGGCUGUUCUGCGCGGCCGUGCUUCAGGCGGCCGCCACGGGCGAGGCGCUGCUGGACAGCGAGCUCGGCGCUCUCGCCGCUCGCAACCCCUCCCGCUUCUCCCGCCUCAACCAGCGCCUGCAGGGACAGUCGGGGGCAUCAAGGGGCGCGCCGCGCAUGCAGCCGCCGCUGUACCGCUCGCGCAGCCCUGCAGCGUCCCAGCAUAGCGCCACGUCAGAGGCCGGGUGGAGCCAAUGCAGGCCGCAGCAACAGUACCCCAGGAAGAAGGCAGCCAAGGGCCUGGAUGACGGCUCUGCUGCCUCGCUGGAGGUGGCUACGAUGUUCCCUCCCGCACAGCGCCUCUUCGUGCUCUUCCUGGAGGCCGCUGACAGCCACCGCUUCAACACCCAUCUUGCUGCGUGCAUGCAGGAGCGGAUGCAGGAGCUGAUGGCUGAGGCGCUGACGGAGAGGGGGUCGCGCACCGCUGCCAAGUGCGAGCAAGCCCUCGCACUCGCCACGCUCGCCGCCUACCUCUCCUACCUCAUCUUCGGCACGGCGGGUGGCAGCAGCGCUUAUCAGGUGCUGGAUGUGGAAGGACCAGUGCGCGCAGCGGCCCAGAAGGGGGCGUUGUUGUGGACGCUGCCCUGGGUCAACUGCUACCUGUGGUUCCUGCAGCCGGCAGAACAGACACCCGCCCCUCUCAGCCCGCGCUUGCUCACACAGAUGUCGCAGCUCAGGGCCGCAGCAGCUUUGAAGCCAUCGCAUGAAGCGUUUGGGCCGGCAGCGCUGUGCAUGAGGUGCCUCCUGGAUGAGCUGCUGGAGCGAGCGGGCCCACCUUCUGCUGACGGCAGCACAGGGCCAGACCUCCUUGAACUGGUGCCAUGUGAGGCUUUUGAGAGCAGCCUGGCGAUCGAGGGCGAGCUGGAUGCGCGAUUCCUGCUGCUCUGCACUCCCCAGCUGGAGCAGGCCCGCCACGCUCUCCAGGCAUGCAUCAUCCCAUUCCUCUUCUACCAGCACCUUUGA